CACAACAUGGGGAAAUGCUUCAAAUCAAAAGCUUCAAAAGACAUCAUUCAUAAAGAUAUGUUUUGUCAGUUAAACAGUUUGUUAUCCGUCUGUUUAAACAAUACAUGCAAAAUCAGAUGUGGAUUCCCUUGUUGCACUUUUGAGUGAAGGUGCCGAGGUAACGUCUGCGCUGUGUGGUUGUUCCAGUAAAUCCUGUGAGAGGAGACUUUCCUGCUGACACUGCAUCCGCACUCUCCUUGUGAUUACUCAAAUGAACGCCAUGCUGCUGUUGAGAGCACUUUGCAGAGGAGAGAUGUGAAGUUUGACGGAAAAGCCACAGUGGAAGAUGAGAUCAGUGAGAAAGUGGGCACCUCUCUGUGUGUUGUUGACGCUGGUGCUCAUGUUGUAUCAUGACCCAUAUCUGAUUCUUUGGUGGCCUCAGCAACCUGCUGAGAACACCAAGACUUUACCUCUGGAUAUGGCAACAGAUGCCGUUGACGACAUGUAUGGCGGCUGCCGAUCUCAAGCAGCCUACCUGGUCAACCUGUACUUCACGUUUGAGUGGGAGGGCAACAGAAACUUCAGUUCUGCCAGGUCCUCAGCUGAAAGACAUGCAAAGGAGCCUGCACACGAGGGCCUGAGAAGAGGCCACGCUGUCGCUCUGUACAUGUUCACAGAAGGGAAACGCACCCAGCAGGAAUUCAACACAGCAGUGAGAACAGGGAAACACAAGUACAGCACUCGUGGAUUCAAGUACCACUACUUGUACUUUUACCUGACUGAUGCCCUCCAGGUGCUGCAUCGCGAUCAGCCAUUGUGCAGACGCGCCUAUCAUAGGACGUGGAGGCAGUUCAACCACAAUGUCAUUAACACCGACAUGCGGUUCGGAGCUUUCACUUUGGCAUCUUCAGCUGAUCAGUCAUUUGAUGCUAGUGGCAACGUGUCUUGUUUUGAGAUCUUUACAUGCUUCAGCGCUGAUGUGACAUAUUACUCUGCUACGAGGACGGAAGGACAGAUACUGAUUCCUCCCUAUGAGGUUUUCAAGAUCACCGACGUCCUGACGGAUGACCCGAGGUGCACCGUCGUCUACAAGCUCCACAGCACCAAAACGCCACGGAGAGAUCUCAACUGCAAACUAAAUGAAAGACUAACAGAGACGUUUUCGGAUUCGACAAACUGAUACUGGAGCAGAGCUGCAACGAUGUGAGCAUGUGUGACACUCAUGGUUAUUAUUUCUUCAAGUGUUUGGUGGUUGCAGCGCUCUGCUGGUGCUGAUGGAUAGUGAAACAGUGUCGGCGCUAAUGUGACACGUUCUCCCCCAAAAUCCCAAAAAGCAAUAUUAUGACCAGUGCAUUAUUGUUAUUAUUAAUAAUGAUCAUAAUAAUAUUAAUAACAAACAAUUUAGUCGAGUCAAUUCUAUUUUCAAAGCUCAUUUAAAAUAACAAUCUUGAUCAAAGUGCUGCACUAUAAAUGAAAACAAAGAGAAGCAAAAGUAUAAAAUACAAUCAAAUAAAGUAUAUAAUAGAUAAAAGAUAAGAGGCUAAAACUAAUAUAUUUAGCAUUUCAAACAUUUAUUUCUCGGUGCUCAAGAAAGCUACUCAAAUAAAUGAACUUCAUUGUAUGAAACAAGGCUGACUGUGGGACAUUGUAAUUCAUUUAUGUAUUAAAACAGUUUGGUAAUAAAGUAUAUGCUGUGGUUUAU